CUGCUUGUAACAGUUGGACAACGGGAGAGAAAACGUCUGACUUGUGUUUACCGUUCAGGUCUCCGUGCCCCUGAUAGCAUGUUAUAGGGGUCUUUGUAGGAUUUUUUUUAGAUUAUAAUAAGAAUCAGGCGCAUUUGUUGAGACAUUUCACGACUCAAAUCUAAGUUUCUCGACUAAGGACAGAUGGCUCAAGCAGAGGAGUUGGAGCAGAUCAUGAAAUGGCUGACUGAGGAAGGUCUUGCACCUGAAUCCUCGAAAGAAGCUCAGCUGAGUUUGCUGUGGCGUAGCUACCUUUGUGCAAGAAGCUGUCUGGACAGUGUCACUAAGGAUCUGGAAACCCACCGUUUGGAACAUUUUGCAGAAAUGACAGAGGUACAUUAUCACGGCUCAGUUAAUCAGCACUGUCAGGGAUCGUGAUGACGAGCACGACGAGAUCUCUCUCUCUGGUCUUUGUUUGUUUGCAAUCUCUCUGUCCGUAAGGUACGCAAGUCUCUGGAGCAGAUCAAGAUCUUCACAGAGCAAAAAGACAUUUUGGCUCAAGAGAUACAAGAAGAGAAUGAACAACUCAGAAAGCAGCUGCUGCACCUCGUAUCACUGCAAGACGCCCAGUUAAACGAGGUGGCUAAAAUGUUGUACCAGCAGGGACUCACUGAGCUGAUUCACAGCACCCCCAGUGAGCAGGUGGCGUAUCUCCUGGUCGAGAGGGCUUCCCUGCUUGAGAUGAAUCAGGAUCCUGGGGAGCUGACCUGUGAUGGACACCCAGAGAGUCGACUGAGGACCGAUGCAGAACCACUAAACACCAGCAUAUCCCCGUCUACCCACAAGAGGGCCCCACGACAUUUACAAAGCUCAUUGAAGAAACUAUUUGGACUCCAUAAGACUUCAGAGAGCAAGCACACCUUCCUCCCUGGUGGCGAGACACUUUUGUCUGGUCAACCAGGACGCUUGGAGAAGGAGUGUUCCCGUCUGGAGCGGGAUGUGGAAGAGGGUUCACGCAGGCUGGCCAUGGCACACACCGAGAUCCGGCGUUUGAAAGAUGAGCUGGAGUCUGCUCACUUCACACAGAAAGCAUAUGAGCCUGAGCUGCAGUCAGCACAGGAGGAGGUGAAGCAGCUCAGGAAGGAAGUAGAAAAACUUAAACAAUAUGAAAUGGUCGAACUGCGGAAGGCCAAGGAGCUUAAUGACCGUCUGGACCUGGAGAUCAGAGACUUGAGAAACAGAGUUCGCUCCCUGGAUGCAGAGAAAAACUCUCUGAAGAAGACAGUGGCAUCUCAGGAUGAGAAAGUUGAUAGGUUGAAAUCGGCCCUGCUAGCGCAGCAGUGGUUACUGACUGGAGAGAUACAUGCUGACCAAGAUAAAGACAACGAAAAAGAGAAAGCUGAAGGAACUGGGCUGACAAAGAAAGGCAAAUCAUACAUAUAUUUACAAGAACAACUAACUGCAAAGAUACAGCAACCUAUGGACAGUAUGCAGGGAAGUGUUGAGUCUCUGCAGGAGGUAGUGAAGCAGUUGGAGUUGGCCGUGUGGAACCUUCAGGGAUCUUACGGGGUUCAGACACGCCAAGCUAAUGAGUUAUCUAAAGUCAGGAAAACCGAUGUAAUUCAGGUCGAUGAAACUUGCAAAGAUGAACAAAAUCGUCUCAGUUUACACACAAAUUGCCGUUUGCCGAAGCAGUCAGAGAAACAGCGUCUUCAGCUUUUGGAAAAUUACCACAGCAUCACAUGUAGCCUCAUCGCUGAACCUGUUAAGGACACCUGCUCACAGCAGGAAUUUUUGUGUAGGACUCAAGCGGUUCAGACUCAGCCUUUACACGAAAGCUUGCCAAUCAAGGCGUGUCCUGGUUGUCUGGAAGCAAGACAGGCUCUGCUACACGAACAAGAUGAGCACGAGACUUUAAAGAGGCAGAUCUGUGAAGCCCUUAACUGUAUUGAUGAAGAGCGAAGUAAAUACCACAGUAUGAAGGAAAGGUUUAUAGAAAAACUGUGCCGAGCCAAACAGAAACUGGAAGAGGAAACGACGUGGCGUGACCAGAGGAUAAACAAUCUGGAGCGAGAGUUGUCCUUGUGCUGCCAUUCAAUAAAAAAGGAGAAAGAGGUUGUUGAAUACAUAACAAUGGAAAACGAGAAGCUGCUGUCUGAGAGGAGGAAACUGUUACAGCAGCUCAGUGAGGAGGAGGACAACAUGAAAAACAGCAAACUAACAGCGUCUUUGUCUAAAAAUAGGGUGAAGCAUUUAGAGACGGAGAACAAAAAUCUGGUAAACAAAAUUCUGCAAAUGUCCAACCAGAUUGUCGUCCUGGAACGGCGGUUGCAGAACAUGCAGUCUCUGUGCUUCGCUGAGGAUCUACGGAAAAUGUUGAUUCAACAGAAAUCUAUACCCGUCUCACUUCAGACAGCAAGGCUGACGUCGAUUGACAUUCAGGGCUUAUUGGACUCUCCACAUAGCUGCGACACCAAGCAGGCAGAUCUGACGUCCUCCCCUGGCUUUUGCGCCUCUGCGGCCUUGACAGCGGAGCUCGGCUACCUCAACCUGAAUUCAACGCAGAGGGACUCAGACAAGUCAAGUCCACCGUCUGCUUUCAUUACCUCUGAGAAUACGACUUCCUGAGCUUUUCUGUCUAAAAUGCGAUUAAACUGUGCUGAAACAAAUUUGUUUAA